GCCCUUCGGGCCGCCAUGUUGGGCUGGUCGGGCCGGCGGCCGGCGCUGCCCCCGGGCCCGCGGGAGCGCCCGAUGGAGCCCGCGGUGGAGCCCCCGGUGGAGCCCACCGUGACCCUGCUCGUCUCCUGCCGCGGCCACACCCGCAGCUUCCUCGUGUCGGACCCGGCGCGCACGACGUGGGCCGAUGUGGAGGCCAUGGUUAAAGUUUCAUUUGACCUGGACAGCGUUCAGAUCAAGUACCUCGAUGAGGACAAUGAUGAGGUCUCUGUGAACAGCAAAGAGGAAUAUGAAGAAGCUCUGAAGAUUGCAGUUAAACAAGGAAAUAAACUUCAGAUGAAUGCCUAUGAAAAAACCCCUGCUUGUGCUCUGCAAGGACCUGAAAAAACUGUGACAGAAAAGCUGAGGCUUCUGAAAGAUGAGAAGAAACCUCUUUUAUGCUAUUCCAUGCUCUCUCAGGGAUUACAGGAAGAAUUAAAAAAUGACAAGGAGCUGACCAUUCAGCAGAAGUUAAAUCAGACCCAAACAGGAAGCACAAGUGAAAAUCCUCCAGAAUGGUUCACCAGCUACUUGGAAACAUUCAGGGAACAAGUGGUUAAGGAGACUGUUGAGAAGCUGGAGCAGAAGCUGUAUGAGAAGCUUGCUCAUUGCAAUCAGCCUCCAGACUUUUCUGAGGGCUCGGCUGCAGCGGCACCUGCCCCUCCGGAGAGCCCGCUGGGGCGCGGCGGUCCCUGGGACUGGUUGAUCUCCUGCUGCAACUGCCAGGCCCGGAUCAUCGGGGUGCGCUACCAGUGCAGCCUCUGUCCAGCCUACAAUAUCUGUGAGGAGUGUGAAGCAGGGACGUAUGGACACGACCCAAACCACGUCCUGUUAAAGCUGCGCCGACCCGUCCUCUGCGCCGCUGAGAAUUACGGCCCUGCAGAGCUCCCACCCCGCCUUCCUGCCACCCUGGAGCAAGUGAGGCUCCAGAAGCAGAUGGACAAAAGAUUUCUGAAGGCAGAGAAGCAGAGAUUACGAGCAGAAAAGAAACAGCGAAAAGCAGAGGUCCGAGAGCUCAAAAAGCAGCUAAAAUUGCACAGGAAAAUCCAUCUGUGGAACUCUGUCAACGUAUUGGAAACGAGCAGCUCACCUACUCUGAAAUCUGAGAGUCUCCAACCUAACACCUUCCUGAGUCCUAAUCAACCCUUCCAAGCAAUUGUCCCAACGCUAAGUGCGGUAUUUGUGGAUGAGAAUUUGCCUGAUGGUACUCACUUGCAACCAGGAACAAAGUUUAUCAAACACUGGCGAAUGAAAAAUACUGGCAAUGUGGAAUGGAGCUCAGACACAAAGCUGAAACUUAUGUGGGGAAAUCUGACCUUGGCAUCUUCUGAGAAAAAAGAUGUGUUAGUGCCAUCCCUUCCGUCGGGACAAGUGGGAACUGUUUCAGUCGAGUUUGUCGCUCCUAAUAUAGAAGGAACUUACACUUCUCACUGGAGACUCUCACACAGAGGGGAACAGUUUGGGCCAAGGAUCUGGUGCAGUAUUGUUGUGGAUCCCUCACCAGCUGCUGACUGUCUGGAAAGUGAUUGGAAGGAUUCUGACUCCUAUCAGAAGAGUAACUGUUCCAGCACCAAACAGGAUGCUUCCUUAAAAACAGAAGCAGGUGUUCAACUGAUGGGUGAAACAACAGAGCAGGCUGAAAUAUCUCUGCCUUUAAAGAUCAAAAAUCUGCCCAGCGAGAGAGAAUUUUAUAUCCCAUCUGUUGAUCUCCUCACUGCACAGGAUUUGCUGUCCUUUGAGCUGCUGGACAUUAACAUUGUGCAGGAAUUGGAGCGAGUGCCACACAAUACCCCUGUUGACAUGACUCCAUGCAUGUCCCCUUUGCCACAUGACAGCCCCUUGCUGGAGAAACCUGGCUUAGGUCAGAUAAAGGAGGAGAAUGAGGGGAGUGGAUUUAAACUAGUUCCUGGAGUGGCAGAAGAUUGCCUUCCUGGGGACUCUUCCAUGGGGAAGCUGAAAGCUGAGCAUGCACUGAACCAGGAGGAAGGGGAGGAGGAUAUGAGUGGCACUCAGUUUGUCUGCGAAACUGUGAUUCGAUCUCUGACCCUGGAUGCUGCACCCGACCACAAACCUCCACAAAAAAAGAAUAAUAAAAUCCUUCAGAGCUCUUUACAAACGUUGCAAGACAGCUUCACUUGCAAUAUGAUAAAUGAAGAAUCUCCUGUGAUAAAUACUAAUUCCACUUCCAAAAAGGAAGCAAAGAUUCACCAGUCGGAGCUAAUGGCAGAAAAUUACUGUGGGAAGGAAGGGGACCUUCCACUGUCUGCUGAGAACAUGAGCCCUUGUAGUGGUGCCGACAAUUGUGAUGAGGAGGAAGAUAAAGAUGACGUUCAGAGUCAAGGCUCCUCUGCUUCAUCAGAGGAUUACAUCAUCAUCCUCCCGGAGUGCUUCGACACGAGCCGCCCUUUGGGCGAGUCCAUGUACAGUUCGGCUCUUUCCCAGCCCAGUUUGGAAAAGACGGGAGAACCUGAAACGGGAGCAGAGAGCCCUGAAGUGGGGAGCCAACCACAGCCCCCCAGGGUCAGUGGCAUUCUGUCAGCUUCACAAACACUGCCUGCAGCACCACUGCCCCCAGAGACUGUGGACACCUCACCCCAGACACCAAGGAAUCUUGCACCUCUUCAGGAUCAUACCUUCCAAGAACUAAACAUAUCAGCUUCAGAGAACAUCUCUUCUGCUCCUCAUAAUCAAAUACCAAGAGAAGAACCCAGUGGUGAAGACAGUCAUGGUGCAGGAUCUUCUGAAUUUCCCCCUAGUAAACAGAAGCUCUCAGAAUUCCCAAGGUACCCUCAAGGCAGCAGCAUCGCAGGAGAACUUGUCAAAGGAGCUUUGUCGGUUGCUGCUUCUGCCUACAAAGCGUUAUUUGCUGGACCACCCAUUGUUGAGCAGCAACCUGCAGCUACAGAAGAGCAGACUGCCACUCUGCUGUCCAGUCUCUGUGAGAUGGGAUUCUGUGACGUGCAGCUCAACCUGCGGCUGCUGAAGAAACACAACAAUAACAUGAUUCAAGUGGUAACUGAGUUACUCCAGAUCAGCAACAGUGACUGGUACAGCAAUAGAUGCUGAACCUGCCUGGUGGAGGGAAGGAAUCGUCUUCACUGAGUAAACUCUCAUUAAACACUACAGCAGGAGCAGGCUGCUCCUCAGCUGCUUUCUGUUUGGAGGUGUGACUUAAAACUUUGGCUUUUCUUUGA